CCAUGUUGUCCCGCAGGAGGAGCCGGAUCUGGCGCUGAUUAACUUGGAUGUCUUUGGUGUCGAGCCGCCAGUGCAGCAGCGUGCGCCACGGGGUCGGCAGCGGGCGUCUGGUCUGGAUGACGACCUCGGAGCCCGUGGUGGCAGGAAGAAGCAGCGGACCGGGGCUGCUAAGGUGGCGAAGAGCGGUCGUGGUGGUGGUAGCGGGAGGGGAGAAGUUGGCGGUGGAAGAGGGCGUGGGCGGGGCGGCAGGGGCGGGGGGAGGGUGGCGGCAGUGGUUGAGUCGGAAGAAGAGGAGGAUGGGGGUGACGAGGAAAUGGAGGACGACGAGGAGGCAAGCGGGGAGUCUACUGGGGAGGGGCAGGAGGAUGACGUGAGUGUCCGGGAUACAUCGGAUGACAGCAGCAGCAGCAGCGGCGGUGGAAGCAGUGGCAGCAGCGGCGAACGGGCGGGCGGAAACCGGCAGCAGGACCGUAGGCAGCAGGAACUAGAGCAGCAGCAGCAGCGGGGUAAGAAGCAGCAGGCAGCAGUUGGGGCGGCAAAGGUGCCCAAGGCAGGAACUGGGUCGAGUGGCCAGUCUCGGCGUGUGCGGGCUAACCGCUAGAUAGAGGCAGACUGGGAGUAGGUUGUUUGCAAUGGGCAUAGAGUAGCUGUGAGUGGAAACAUGGUUCGUAGAUAGGUGAUCCAAAGUUGGGUUGGGUUGGCUUCACGUGGUGUACCUUUUGUAUUGGUUUGGCCGUGAUUGCUUGGAUGAUUUAUUAUUAUAAGCUUGGAUGACUUGAUAGCACAAACCUGAUACCCAUGACCAUACUUCUUAUCUACCUGCAAUUUUUGACGUGCAUGAUCCUAUUUCGUUGCAGGGGCGUUGGAGUAGUUUAGUUCAGGGACUGUAGGCAAGAUGUUUGAUAUAGAUAGGCAAUGGAGUAGAUAUUGGACUAUGGUAAGCUAGCUUAUGGAUUGCAUUGGGGGCGUGGGGCUUCCAGGGGCGUGGUCCCUUCGUAUAAUGGUGGUGAGCAUUCGUAAAAAGGAGGAAGGGACUAGGCUCAUAUGCAGCUUCUGACCAUGUAACGAAAUGGUGGAGUUCAAAA